UUUGCUCCGUCAAUCGAACGACGACGUGGGAGGGAGGAAAAUUGUAUUUAUAUUUUGCGUUUCCUUGAGCUCCAUCCACGCGCGUCUCACGUCGCAAAGCUCGAACGUUAAGGAGCCCGUCCGUGGUGCGUACGUGUUCGAACUGUGAAAUUUGUCUCCCCGGUUGCGGGCGCUCGUCAGCUCCUCCUUUCGGUUGAUUAUUUGAUGUGCGGGUUUUCUUCGCGUCGUGAUCGAAAACGAAUUACGAGCGUGCGAGCGUGAAUGAAUGUGGAGCGUCAUAAAAAAAAGGAUAUUUUUUCUUCCCCACUUUGCCACGAAACACAUGUAGCGUGGCAGAAUAGCCCCAAGGAUUACCAUACACUAGCCCCCAGACGGAUUACUCAUACCGGGAAACCGGCCGGCCGCGUCGAGACGGAUGUGGAUCUUGGCAGCAGCGCGACCUCAUGAACAAGGAUUACCUCGGUGUGUUUUGUGUGGUGGAUGCAUUCGUGAUUCUGUUUUGUGUUCCACCUGGGUGUAGUUCCGGUUAGUGAGUGCGAAGCGAAAUAACUUCGCGUGUGGAAAUUUUACAAUCGAAGAAGAAGUCGUCAGGUGAAUCAUAGUGGCGGUUUUCCUAUCAUACCGUCAGUUGGUGAUGAAAAUGGUUGCACGGAAUGAGGCUUGUGGUGAAAUGUGAAACCCAAUGAUGACAACCGUGAAUUUGGAACUGUGAGAAGAGAGUUUGUGUUUCCAUCAGCAGAGGAUUACUAAAUGGAUUACAGCAGUUUUAAAUCAGCAGCAGCUAUCCGAAAACGAGAUUCACGGAAUACGAUCGGAUACGAUUAUCAGCUUUAUUGGGAAAAAGCAAUUAAAGUGGAAGUGUGAAAACGGAGAACCUCAAAUCUACGAAAGUGACGAAUUUUGAAAUGGUUGUUUAUCGCAGUGAGAUUAGUGAGUGUGUGUUUCGGUGAAAGAUUGUACUCCGCAUAUUUAAAGUGAAAGUGAAGCCCCACCCGCAUAUGCUAAUGAAAUGAAUGUUUCCUGACACAUCAGAUGAUCCCAAGCAGCAGGGUUGCCAACCCCCCGAGUACACUUCCAACUUCUACCGCACCAGAGCAGCAGCUCAAAUCUUCCCUCGAUUGGGACUCACCGAGCGUUCAGACCGGUACGGUGCGACGGAGGCCUUGCUCGCAGGAGUCCAAAGAGCCGACACCCACCGCGACCUCACCUCACCCGCACAGCAACCAACAGCCGCCGUUCACAAUUGAGAUCAACAUCGAGCAGAAUGAGGCCUCCAGCAGGAACGAGGCUACUGCCUCAGGCCAUCAAACCCGAGCGCACCAACAAACAGGUCUUUCUAAUCGAGGAAACGUGAAAAGUGCCAGCGGAGGUGCGAAACAGUCCAAAAUAGCGGUGCCGAGACAAAAGACUGAUGAUGGCAGUAAAAAAUCCAAAGGUAAAAACACCGGGGGAGAACUGAAAAGUCCUCCGACUGGUUCGAAAAUAUCCGUCUUUCAGAAAACAUCCAAUUUACUAGCGAAAACACAAACGACAAACGACAAUAAAGCGGCAUCGCAGCAAAAACUUAAAAACAACAUAAUCCCUCCGAAAAAGCUAGUCAAACAAUCAAGCAUCACCGUCUCGAUUACGGCGGAAGGGAAGGAGAAGCGUUCUCCCGGUGGCACGACGACAUCAACCGGCGCCGCCAACGGUCGCAAUCAGAAGAAAGUUUCAUUCAUCCCUAAUCUUCCGGUGGAAAGUGCGGGCGAAGGAAUCAAAUCCAGCACGGUGAAAGCGAUUGCUCGUUCGAGGCAGCACUCCCUCAGCGACACUGGCGUACAGUUUAAAGAGCUUUAUCGGGAUUUUCCGGUGGCGGCAGGGAGCGAUUUGGACUUGUCACGUGCGGAUCAAAUUCAUCUUUCGCCACCGCCACCACUGCCACCUUACCGAGAACCACCACCGCCUCCUCCCCCCACCAAAGAAGCCCUCAUCCAACAGGAUUUCAUCUCAAUGGAACCUGUCGGCAAAAAUGAAGACGUCAUACCGGCGGCUAAAGAGGCCAGCAAAUCCAAACUCAAGGGAUUCGGGCUGAGCAAGUUAAUAUCGUCCUCGGGUUCGGGCGAGAAGAAAAGUAAUAAUUACGUGACACUGCCACCGUCGCCAAAAAUAAAUAAAAUGUCUUCCAAGAGUUUCGGAGAGUUGCCUCCACCGCCACCGGCACCGGAUGUGGUUGAGACAAAUCGAGAAUCCCCGGACGAUAUGCUCUCCAAGCCGGAGUUCUCGUCCUCGUUGCUCAAGAAUUUGCCCGUCCGACAGAGAAAGGGUGCGGUUCCUCAUCUCGAAAACUACUGUCUCUUUGAUCCGUCGGUGGAUUUUUUCAACGAGAAGGAGCACAAGAUGAGAUCGAUCCCGGAAACGGUUGAACUGGCGGAUUCGAUUUUGUAUCAAAAUCCUUUAAUAUACGAUGCCGUCGAUCGGGAUUCGGAUAAUUAUUUUACCAUCGAGCCUGAAUCAUACGAAGCCAGAAAUCGGCUCUCGUUGGAAAAGGUUGAGGAAAAGAUCGACGAAAUAUUUAACAAUACACGAACCUCAUCGUCUUCGAGCGGUUCCAGUCCGGACUAUCCUUCGAUGGUGAAUUCGGUGAUCGAAACUCCAUCGUCAAAUCUGGAGUCAACAGACGAAAGUGAUUACGGUUUUAGAAAUCGGUUAAUAGAUCAGCUGAAGGUUGUCCCGAAAUCAAUUUCCGGCUCAAUCAGUGAGGACCAGCAGGAGUCUUCCUACUAUGGCGUGGUAACAAAAACGGCUGUCAGUCAAUUUGGGCGCCUCCACCGCCAAUCAGCCUCCCUUCCAAAUUCACCCCUGCAGCAGAGGAAAAGUGAUGAUUCAUCAUCUUCGUCACCCCCAUCCAGCUCGAAGACGACAGAUUCGUCCUCAAAUGAACCGUCUUCCGCUCUAGGCACGCUUUGCUCGGAAGAACCAUCCUCCCUGAGUCCACCUCCGCCAGCACCCCAACAGACCUCAAUGGAAUAUCUGAGAGUGUCGAAAAUUAAAUCAGACUCACCGAGUGGCAAGGUUCAUUUUCUCCCCCUCCUAUCGCAUCCCACCUUUGCGCUAGACUCCCUCAAAUCCUCCGUCUCUCUGCCCCACCUCCAGCAACCCCAGCAGAAGUCUUCCACCGGUGCAAUCAGCAAAACCGGCAGCAUUCUCCCAUCAUCCAUUGCGACACGCAAUGGGUCCCUCGACUCGACGCCUCGUGUCGGCCGUCUUCGCAAACAGCGUCCACUGUCCAAUCACAGCGAUGCCGACAGUGGAUUUCUCAGUCCGGUCACCCCACCGGACGCAACCGGCCACACUAUCCAGAACCAAAUUCUGGCCGUCGAGCUGCAGCUAUUGCAGCGAAAACAGCAUCAACAGCUGCAGCAGCAGCAGCAGCAACAACAAGUCAACAGCAGUGACACGGUCGUGGUUUUGGAGCAGUGCGAUAACAUUCAGGAAUUGAUUCAGAUCUACACGGACUGGGCCAACUACUAUCUGGAGCGGGUGAAAUCGAAGAAAAAAGUUUCGGAUCUAUCGGCGGAUUGUCGCGAUGGGUUGCUGCUGGCCGAAGUGAUCGAAGCCGUCACCACGUUCAAAGUACCUGAUUUGGUGAAGAAACCGAAAACACCUCAACACAUGUACGACAACGUUAAUUCCUGUCUCGGCGUUUUGAGACAGCAUCAAGUUGGCGGCCUCGAGUCGGUCACACCGAACGACAUCUGCAGUGGGCGACUGAAAGCUGUGCUUUCGCUGUUCUUUGCUCUGAGUCGAUAUAAACAGGCGACGAAGCAGAAGACUACAGCAGCGACAACUGGUUUCUCCCACCAGCAGCAGACCAAAGUCGAAAUCCAUGCGCCACCAGCCGACAUGACCAAUCGACAACUGCCGGUGCCCUACACCAAACCCGGGGUCAAUGGGGGUACGGCCAUUCCGCUGCCGGCGACCGUCAUGGUCACCCGGCGCUGUCCGCCGGAUAAAGUGCGACCAUUGCCACCGACCCCCAACCAGCAGUCAGGACUUCAUCCGGGCCUGCAGAAGCACACCCUCAGCAGUGGGGGUGGUGGCGGCGUAGGCAGCGGUGGAAACAGUGGCAGUACUCCGCUCGACGGCAACAGCUGCCCUGGGAGUCCGCAGCAUAAUGGGACGGCAAUAAUAACGCAGAUCCCGAAAGGAGGCGGCAGCAGCCUCCGUCAGCCACAGUCCACGUGCAAGAUUCCGGCCAAUCCGUACGCGACCCAGCCGGGCAACCACAACCACAUCAACAAUAACAUCGCUCUAAUCCCUAAUGGAAAUGUUACCAGUGCCCACGGUCAGAAUGGGGGUGGCCAGCAGAAGCAGUCGAUGCUGGAGAAGCUGAAGCUGUUCAACAGCAAGGAGAAGCAGGAUAAAACUGCCAAAUCAACCAUAUCGAAGCGGACCAGCUCGAGCAGUGGAUUUUCGUCGGCUCGAAGCGAGCGGAGCGAUUCCAGCCUUAGCCUGAACGAUGGCCCGGUGGGGAAGUUCAAGGAGUCGGGUGUCAAGAAAACGGACACUGCCAACAGUAGUGCCAAAGUGUCAUUCUCAUCGUCAUCCUCGAAAUCAUCAAAGCUCAUAUCGUCUAAAUCUAGCUCGAAGGAUGCCGGGGCGAAGGCGGCGGGAAAAUUGGGCCAAGGGGACAAGAAGGGCAAGGAUCAGCCCGAGACGCACAUUCCGAUUACGCCAAAAGUGCACAAAAUUCCAACGGCCAUGACGACAACGACGACGCCGACCACGAAUGGCGGCGGCAAUUCGAAGUCCGAAUCGAAGCUGAAACCUGGCUCUGUGGGAGGCAUGGGUAACAGAAAACUUGAUGCAAAAUCCGAAAGCAAAACUAGUUUGCUGUUGCAACAGCAGCAGCAACAACAACAGUCACAGAUACAGCCUCCGAAAACGAUGGUCGCCCCGCCGUCAGUUUGCACUGGGAUUCCGAAACCGAUGGCCGCUGUGAAAGGAACAAGCAAACCACCGCAACUCCUGCCAGAUUACAAACAAAAGGACGACCUGGGCAAGCUGGACCGGGCGCUCGCAGGGUUCGGCGGAAUGCAAAAUGGGCUGGUCUCACCGCAGCAUUUGCCCCCGCAUCAGAAUAACAUAUCAAAUAACAACAGUGACCGGAUGAAUGUAGUGACCCCUAUAAGUGUCAGUGGAAACAACAAUGUCCUCGGAAAACAGCAGCAACAGCAAAUUCCGAGCUGCAUGAGUGACAGCAUGCACUCCAACUCGACCCAAGGUGCUUCCAUGGGGCAGCACUCCAGUUCCAGUGAGUCCAGCAGUGUGGUGUAUCGUCCAAGUGGCUCAGAGAGUGGUUCCGAGCCUCUGUCCAGUCUGCAUUCUCCCCAGAAGUCCUCCCCAUCCUUUCUGUUCAACGAUGUUAACUUGAACAGCACCAACAGCAAGUUCAACACGGUUCCCAGUAAAAUUCUCAACACCAGCCAGCACGGCACGAAUGGGACAAUCUACGAGCAGGAAGAGAAGCAAAUUACCGUGGUUCCGAUGCGUCCUCUGCUGCGCGGAUACAACAGUCACGUGACGCUUCCGACGCGGGGCGCCCGUGGCCAUCACUACAUAUCCGAAUACUGUGAGGAUCUGGGCGGCCAGGGCUACUGCAGCGACGGAGAUGCCCUGCGGAAAAUACCGGCCCGCUACUCGGACUCGAUGGACAACGGGUAUCUGUCGGAGGGAGGCGGAGGCGGAACAACCGCCAUGCUCACCGCCGCCAACCGCCAGCAGUAUAUCAGCUCCCUGCGGAAUCGAACCCAGCUGCCCACGACGAUCGAGGAGAGAUGUCGCAGUAGUCGGGGCGAUAAUUUGGACUGCAUCGGAACAAGCCCCGCCGGAACGACAAUGGAUGCGGUUAAUGGUAAGCUGCAGCGCACAAACGGAUGCGGUCAAAACGGUCGUGAGUACUGGGGACGGUUACCGGAGCCACACAACGGUCACGGACAGUCCCAGCAGCAAUCGCCAUCCAGUGGCCACAGUCAGCAGGGAUCUCAACCGCCAAGUCCGACAUCCAGCCGCAAGGAUCGAGGCUCGCCGAGUCAUUCGCGGAAAAGUGGAUCUUCGUCGAAACUGACCGGUAGUCGGACGAAGGGCGUUCCGCAGAGUUUUGGGUACGUUAAGAAGACGAACGGAAGUGUGAUGCCCGGUGCUGCCGCCGAUCAGCAGGGUCAAUCGUUGCUGACGGGAGGUCGAACAGCUCAUGUCUCCGCUGUGCCAAGAUCCGGCAAGCUGAAGGUUUCGGGUGGUACGCAAACCACCACAGCUGAUUUUCAAGCUAAAACCCAACAACAGCACGCCCAGUAUCGGAGUUUCUCGCUGACCGGCCAGGGAGCGGCCCAACUGAGUCAAUCGGUCAAAGAAAGGUUUGGUUCGGGAACGCAUAGUUUACCUAAGCCCGGUUUAGAUAUGCAUGUCUUCCAGCAUAGAAUGUCAUCGCGCGGAUCCACUAAGCUAAACGACGGUAGCCUUAGCGAUACGCAAACCUACGCCGAAGUGAAGCCCGAUUACGGUAGCUAUGCGAUGUGGCUUCGCCACUCGAACACCGCUUCAAGUCGGCUCUCGGAGGGUGAAGCUCUCGAGAACUUCUCCAUCGGACCUGGCGGAGGCGGCGGUGGCGGUGGUGGUGUUGGCAGUAAUGGUAAUGCUGGUAGCAGUGGUGUCCUUUCUGGCACGGCACGACCCAGCAAACUGCUACAUCAUACCCGGGGCGAGACGCACCACGCGUCCACCACGCAUAGCCCACGGUUGAAUAGAAGCAAUAGCAUAAGCUAUUUGAAAGAAAGGACCUACCCAAGAUCCACUAAAUCGGAAAAGAUGUACCCAUCGAUGCUGAGCCGGGGGCCGGACGUGGAAAUCGAGCCGUACUACUGCCUCCCGGUGGGCACGGUUGGGGCCGGCAAUGGGAUGGUCCCCUGGAGUCAGCCGACCUCACCGACGCCACCCACCCGCAGCUUCGGCGGUUUGCUGUCGCCCACCCACAACAACGCCUCCCACAGACUGACGUAUCCGAAGAAGAAUGACGAAGUGCACGGGAGUCAGGCUUCGCUCCUGUCCGGAGGGUCCUCGCUGUACGGCUCGACGGAGGAACGGCAGGCCACGGAAGUGCGUCGACUGAAGCGGGAACUGUUGGAUGCUCGGGAUCAAGUGAUGAGUCUCUCCAGCCAGCUGUCAACCAAUGCUCACGUUGUGGCGGCUUUCGAGCAGAGCUUGGCUAACAUGACCCAACGGCUGCAAUCACUGACGGCAACGACAGAAAAGAAGGAUAGCGAAAUUUUGGACAUGCGACAAACGAUUGAGUUGUUGCGGAAGCAAUCGAUCCAGGCUGGCCUAACUACCGCCCAUAUGCAGAGUAUGGGCGUACAAGUUAACGCACAGGUCAACGGAAAUGGAAACACAGAUCAGACGACAGCGCCACCAGCGCCGCCUGGUGCGGAAAUGCAAAGGCAUCAUAGUUCCGACUCUAUGUGCUCGUUGAAUUCUGUCAGCUCUGGCUGUUCGGCGCAGGACAAGAAGAAAAAGAAAGGAUGGUUACGGAGUUCCUUCACCAAAGCCUUCUCCCGCAACGCGAAAAUCUCGAAAACGAAUCGUCACGUCAGCCAGUCCUCGAAUCUCGACCAGAAGUCGACAUCGGAAUCGGGCAACGGCCAUAGCCACCAUCAUCACCAUCACCAUCAUCACCACCAUCACAAUAAUAACAAUAACAACAACGGCAGCCAGCAGACAUCCUCCUCAACCAGUGCCGAUAAGCAGUCCGGCGCUGUUCCGCCGAACGCACAACUGCCCCCGCCGUCACCCAGCAAAAACGGCAGCCCACUCAAAACGGUUACGUUGGUAGAGAAUGCCAAACCAAUCGAUGCGAUCGAGCUGAACGGCAACCCCGUGGUGGAGGAUCUCAAGAAGCAACUGCGCGAGAAAGAUCUGGUCCUAACGGACAUCCGGCUGGAGGCGCUCAGUUCGGCGUCGCAGUUGGAGUGCCUCAAAGACACGGUGAUAAAGAUGCGACAGGAGAUGAUGAAUCUCAAACAGAGCAAUGAAAGACUGCAGCGUUUGGUGACGACCAGGUCGUUGGCGGGAAGCGAAGCAUCGCUGGGACCCGUCAGUCCUAGCGGAUCGAUAGGUGAACCUCGGAGGUACAGUUUAGCGGCGGACAACGGUAUGUCACGACCGCCUCUCGAGUUGCCCCAAAACCUGGAUGAAACCGAAGAGGAUAAUAUUCCCCCGGCUCCGGCACCAGAGCCACCACCAGCCCCGCUAAGUCCAGCGAUCAUCGCUGAGCUUUCGCCAUCCAUUGAACGGGCGGCGAUGGCGAACGAGAUACUCACCACACCAGCUGAGGAUGUCGCUGAUCCGGUGGAUGGCAAGAAGAUUGCCAUUGCCGUUUACCUCGGCCAGUCUGAAUCUUUCGCCAAGUACGCGGAAGAGAUGAACGAGUGUGAUAACUAUUACCAUUCUUCUCCAAACGGAGCGGAACACGACCAAUCUGGGACCGAGAACGGUGAGAAGAGUCGGAAAUCGUUCUCGGGAGCACCGGAAAGCAACAACGCUAGUCCAAAUGAGUUCACCAUUGCCUACACGUACAUCUCCGGUAAAACCACGUGGCAAAAUUUAGACUACAUUGUUAGGAAGACCUUCAAAGACUAUCUGGGAAAGAUUGAUCCCGGAACCAAUCUGGGUCUGAACACGGACUCGAUCAUAUCGUAUCACUUGGGCGAGGCGAAGCGGGGCCCCGAGAUGGGAUUCCCAGAGCUGCUACCCUGUGGAUACAUUAUCGGGAAUGUUAAGUCGCUGUACAUUUGCUUGCAAGGCGUUGGAAGCCUGGCCUUCGACAGCUUGAUUCUGAGGAACAUUGUGCACCGAUAUAUUUCGCUUCUGACCGAACAUCGGCGAUUGAUUUUGUGCGGCCCUAGUGGAACCGGAAAGUCCUACCUGGCGCGAAAGCUGGCGGAAUUUCUGGUGGCACGAUCCGGUCGGGAUAACCCUGCGGAAGCGAUUGCCACGUUCAACGUUGACCACAAAUCCUCCAAGGAACUGCAGCAAUACCUGGGCCACAUUGCCGAGCAGGCAUCGAUGUCCGAGGGUGCAGUGGAGGAACUCCCGGCUGUGAUAAUCCUGGACAAUUUGCACCACGCUUCCGCGCUCGGUGAUGUGUUCUCCUGUCUGCUAAGUGCCACCCCUGCCAAGCUGCCUUGCAUCAUUGGGACUAUGUCGCAGGCAACCUGCAACACCACCAACCUGCAGCUGCACCAUAACUUCCGAUGGGUCCUCACUGCCAACCACAUGGAACCGGUGAAAGGCUUCCUCGGGCGGUACCUUCGCCGAAAGCUGUUCGCCAUGGAGCUACAAUCCCAGCAGGCCCAGCCCCAGCUGGAGAAGGUCCUCAAAUGGCUCCCGAACGUGUGGCAGCACAUCAACAGUUUCCUCGAGACGCACAAUUCCAGUGACGUGACCAUUGGACCCCGUCUGUUCCUGUCCUGUCCACUGAACUUACAAGACUCCCAGGUAUGGUUCACGGACGUCUGGAACUACCAUCUGGCGCCGUACCUCAUGGAAGCGGUCCGCGAGGGUGUUCAACUGUACGGACGACGCGGUGGCACCUGGGUCGAUCCGUGUACCUACGUUCGGGACACCUAUCCGUGGCCAAUCGGACCCACAACGGUGCCCCAGCUGCGUCAAAUCACCGCCGAUGAUGUUGGGUUGGAAGCAAGUGCUCCGGCGAACUCCGAGAAUCAGGAUCCACUGCUGAACAUGCUGAUGAGACUGCAGGAAGCAGCCAACUACAACGGCAAUCAGGAACCGGAUUCGGAUUGUGCCAGUCUGGAUUCGAACAUGACACACGAUAGCUCCGCCGGGGCGGAUUAGAGGGUGGCUGUAGAAAAAAAAACAAAAAUGUGCAGCGAUGCAAAUUGGUCUCAAACUGAUUCGAUGAUUAAUUAAUCACCACACGAUGAAUUACUUGCAAAAUUAAAGUCCGCACAUAUUUAUGACCACUUAGCACCAGGAGACGAGCGAUCGAUACGCGAAGCAAGGGCAGGAGGCGAAUUCAUUUGAUUAAUAAUGUAAUGUAGCGUGGGAAGGUGAGAAGAGUCCAUCUGGAAGUGGUGCUAGUGGAGCCAAAAAGCGAAAAAACAUAGCCUGGAGGGGUCCCACGCAGUAACCGGGAACAAAUUGAAUUUAAUUGUGAUUCAAUAUAGGCCAAGUGACCUCCUGCACAUAAACACAGCAUGUGUGCGUUGCUGAAUCAAAGUAAUUAAACGCGCCUCAUAAAAAAUGCAGCAGCCAAAUUAAUUGCGUUUAAUGGGAAUAUUGUUCUUUGGUACACGAUAUUAAUUCCUGAUCGGAUUUUUAUUGGAAAUCAUCCCAUUCUCUUUCGAAUAUUUUGAUAGCGUGUGAUCCAUGCGUUCCGGCGCUUUGAUGUCAAACUAUCGCACGUUGUGAGCCAAUGCACUCAUAUGUUUUACAAACUUUGAUUUUGAUUUGGAACAAAUGAUUUACAAUAAUUGAACAAAUUGAAUCACUGUUUUGUUACCCUAAAAUCGAGAACGUGCUGCAGCCUACAUUUAGGCGCAUUCGCAACAUCAUGCGAUGAUUUUAGUUUCGAUAUGAAAGUGCACGAAGGAAAAACAUUGCAACCGGAAACAAUAAGUAGUCGAGAUAGUGAUAUCUCCCUAGAAUUUCCCCCCUCUCAACUCAGAUGUCCCACAAAAAAGCAGAAACUGAACUGAAACUGUAGAAUUAAUGUAAAAAGGGUCGAUGUGUAAAAAGCGAUAAACACUUGUUAGGCUGUAUAUAUAAAUACUAAGAGUACUGUUUAGCUAGGCAACUAAAUUAAUGGUGUAAAUCCGCUGCGUAUGUUAGAUAAAGUAACAACACGUAUAUCUCAGUGUAGAUUUUGUAUCGCAUUGUAGAAUUGCUUCAAAAGCUUUAAUAUUUGACGCCGAUUAAGAUAUUUUCAAGCACUUAUAUACGCGUGCGCAAUGCACAACUUAUUCUAUAUACAAGAAUAACAGUGAACAAACAAACAGAAGCGAGUCAACGUUAUACAUUUUCCAUCUAUCAACUACAGCAAGAAACAACAAUUUAAGAUACCAUAGAAAUAAUCAAAACAAAACUCUGCCCUUCGAGUCAGCGAGUUGCGAACGCAGAUUGUUUUCCAAAGAGUUGCCAGAACAAAAAAAAAACAGGGCAAACAUAUUUCUUUCUUAGCUAGUUACAAAUACUCCAACUUCAACGUGUCAUCCUCUUCAUUGGAAAUACUUAAGCAUUUAAGCACGAUUGCUCGAUUGCCUUACAUUUGGCUCCGUUGCGAGGGAACCGACCAAAACCAAUUAAGGUCACUCAAAUAAAUCAAUCGGAGGAGGAAAAGAUGCAAAUCUGGUUACGGGCGCUAGGGCCCUAGCGUCCAAGUCGGAGAUCGUCUCGAAGAUGAUAUAAUUUGUCUUAAUUGAAACGCAUGGCCAAUCGGCGCCCAGAGUCAAUUGUGGCAAAUAUGAAAAACAAAUCGUUUGUGCGAGAGGAGCCGACGCAGCGCAAACACCAACAAGAGCAGAGUACGGAAAGAUGAGUGUAAUCUGUAAUACGCCAAUUUAUUAUGAUUAUUAUAACGACUAACUACUAUUAUAUUGCGAUCGUAUUCGGAAGAGAUGAAAAAUGAGUGUGUGUGUGGGUAGGAAAAUGCGGUGAGCCCACUGCACUCUCGACCCGAAACAACAACUAUUAUAAUUAUUAUUAUUAUUGCUAUUAUUAUACAAACAGCAAACCGUUGGGGGAAAAGUCUAUACCGACUUCAAUAAAAACCAAUGGAACGUGAUUUAA